AGCUAGAAGGGGAGGCUGCUUCUUAUCACUCUAAGCCUUAUAGAAAUGUAUCAGGGAGUAGGAGGCAAUCCCUAAGCAAGAGCUGCUUGUAAAUUGCAAUUGUAGGAUCUAGCAAACUAACAGGCCCUUGUUACCCAAACCAUCAACUUUCCUGCUCUGCAAUUCUAUCAUUAUUUGCUCUGGGAUUUUUCUUUUGUCACUUACAAACCCAUCAAGCCUGUUUCCUGGACUGCUGGUAGUGAGAACAGAGCUUUUUCCAGUGGUGCUAACUCCCCAUCCCCGCAAGUGAAAGGAUCCUCUUCUCUAUUUCUCUUUUCCUUGCAGGACUUUGGGACUCAUUGAUGCACCCAUUUCAGUGGUGUAACGGAUGCUUCUGUGGUUUGGGGCUGAUUUAUACCAAUAAAUCGUGCACAAUGCCUCCCAUCACCUUCCAGGAUCUACCGCUGAAUAUCUACAUGGUCAUUUUUGGCACCGGCAUCUUUGUCUUUGUGCUCAGCCUCAUCUUCUGCUGCUACUUCAUCAGCAAACUUCGGCAUCAGGCACAGAGUGAAAGAUUUGGAUACAAGGAGGUGGUCUUGAAAGGUGAUGCCAGGAAGUUAAAUUUGCAUGGGCAGACCUGUGCCGUCUGCCUGGAAGACUUUAAAGUGAAAGAUGAGCUGGGAGUGUUGCCAUGCCAACAUGCCUUCCACAGAAAGUGUCUAGUGAAAUGGCUGGAGGUUCGCUGUGUCUGUCCCAUGUGCAACAAGCCCAUCACAGGCCCCACGGAGCCUCACCAAGGCAUUGGGACACUCCUGGAUGAGCUGGUGUGAGGGCCUCUUUUCUCCCCCAGAAAGCCAAACAGCCAUGCAGACGGACCUUUUCCUGGUGAUCUCUGCACUUAACCCCUCCACCCACCUCUCCUGUGGAUUGCUAAGCCAGCAGCCCGUGAUACCUCCUGCCAUGGGCAUAUGGCCCCCUCGUAACCCCUGGGACAGAUCCAUUGCCAUGAGCGCAGGAGGAAAGCGAGCUGCGUCCCCCGUGAAGUACACAGAGAAGGAGGGGUUGGCCCAACUCUGGGGUCAGUGGGACCUGAACGUCAAACUGCUGCAUGAUGCAUGAAGGGCCUGGGAGACUUAAUUGUGCCCCUUCCUAGCUGAUCUUGCAUGGACGUCUGAUUCCUUGGCACCAGGCUUCUGAAACUGGAUAUUCCUUGCAGAGACCACCCCGUUCAGGGUGGGAAGCAAGGCAGGAGCCUCCUCCCCAACGCCCCAGGGACUGUGGUUCAAACCUACCUGCCACUGCUGUUCUUAAUAGGUUUACUAUAACCCUCUUUCAAAACCAGAACUUACAUUUAGGGCCUUAACUCUUCCAUAGGUCCCUUCUAAAGGCCAAAGCUUUAGCUCUACUACAGCCAGCCAGGAAUUGUCCCCUGACUGCUGGAACCACAGUACUGAUUCUUAUCUAUGGCCCAUUGAUGGGAUCUCUUUGUCUUAAAAAAUAAUAGUCAGUGUUUACAUAGGGCCUGAACAAAAACAGAAGCCACAGAGGGCAUGUUAUGACUGAUUAGAUCCUGUUGGCAGAGCUGGACUGUUGCAAGAGUGGGAGGGGUGUUUAGGGAACCACAGCUGGGGGGCAGGGAAAUGCCCCAUGUUGGACAUUAAUAUUCCUUUCUUGUGUCAGGCUAGCAAGACCUUUUAGCAGCUGGUGGAGAUGGUUUGGAGAUGUUUCAAAUACAAAGCAAGUUUUUCUUUUGAAUUAUUUUUAAUUUAAACUUGGAGGGUGUUUUUUUUAUUUUGUUUUUAAAGUCACCUCAGAAUUUCCUUCCAGCUCAGAUUGCGCAAAACAGUAAAACCGCUCUGAGAUAUUCUGUUUUGUACGUUGAAAGUGAACUGUAACUGUUUGCAUAAGGCAGAAAGUUUGGGGAGAGGGAGGGACUGAUGGGUGGAAAAUCCAGUCUGGAUUCCCCCACCUCCUCCCCACUAUGUUGCACUGUAAAUAAUAAUUUUGUAUGUAUUAAUUUCCUGACUGCCUCAGGCUUCCUAUACACCCCUGAGGAUGGGGAUUUACAGUUUUAUGUAAAACAAUAAUUAAACUGAAGACAUCUCAGUCUAAAUUGUGAAUGUUUGUUGCUAGCAAGGGGGUGGGGGGUCUGGCAGUAAGUUCUCAAAGCAUAAAGAUGUCUUUUCUUUGGACACACAAAGUUGUGUGUGUCCAAAGGGGGGUCCUCUAUAAACAUUCACA